GUUGACAUAUUAACAGACUACGGUAAAAUAGUUUACAUGGACUUAAAUUUCUGACAGGCACCUAGGAAUACAAGUCUGCCUCGGACUACUCAUCCUAGGCAUAGGACAUACCGUCCUAAGGAAAAUAUGUCCGACGGACUUAUUUUCCUAGGUAUGCAAGUCCCUGGACUUAUUUUCCUAGGACUUAGUGUCCGACGGACCUGUAUUCCUAGGAAAAUAAGUCCAUCGGACAUAAUUUAGCAUGGACAUGUGAAACUGUCACACCGGCUAAUGCAAAUGUACGACGUGUAAGGCCAGAACAAAGGCGAAUGAAACUGAUGAAGCACCCAUUCGUGAUUAGUUUGGUAGCUGCUGUGGUGAUAGUAUCAUGUGCCAGACAUGGUGAAGCACAGCCCAACGAGGCAACAGAGGACGUCCUGUUGAGCUUACUUACCAGGAUGCUUCUUGACCGUGAGCAGGAAUCUCUGCACACAAGGGCAUCAAUGACGGGAACUGUCAAGUGGUUUAACGAAGCUAAGGGUUAUGGGUUCAUCGCACCUGACGACAAAAGCGCUGAUGUUUUUGUGCAUUAUACUGCGAUUCAAGUAUCAGGCUUCAGGACGCUUUCUGAGGGACAAAGGGUAUCUUUCGAAGUUGAAAAUGGUCCUAAAGGACGCUCGGCCUCGAAUAUAGUUCCCUUAAUAUAGAUAGGACUCAUUCAAGAAGAGGCACGAAAGUAGUCUGACAGCAGAGACAAUGUUUUACCUUGAUUAACAAUUUGUUUUGUAAUAACACUGAAUUAAUAUAAUGGCAUAUAGCUCAAACAGCCACUUUAUAACAAAAUUAGAACUUUAACAAUAUUGUUAACCUACGUAUAUGUAGUUACAUGUAUAUCUGCGAUUGCUGUAUUGUACAUAAUAUUUAUCAACGCAUCAGCGACAAUUACUAGAAACAUUGUAUGUAUGAUUAUAUGCAAUACAGUAGAUGUAUCUAAGAAUAAAUGAUCUUGUUAAUUAUAUGCAACAGUGUUUCUCUGGAAAUUUGGCACUCGACAGAAUCGGACAGACCUAGAGAUGAGGGUUGACAAAACAAUGCGUGAUUGAACUAUCAAAUUACCAUCGAAAAUAUAUAAGAUCCAUGAUUACCUUUAAAAUGUUAUAAUAAGU